UUAUUGUUAUUCUGACUGCCAGUGGCACUUGAUUCAGAUGCUUAUUGUGCUGGACUAACCAUGUCAAAGACAUGGGUUUCACUCUAGUUAACUCAGUUGUUGCCUCCAUUAUAAGGCCACAAGCUUCCCCCUGACUCUGGACAAUAUCCCGAAAAUAUGAGCUGUUAGUCAUAAGGACUGGAUGGGGCAGCAGAUGACAACCAGCAAAAGUUCACCACAGUCCAGCAAGUAUUUCUAAAAAGGACGGUCCUUCAGAAAAGAAGGGAACAGGUCAAGGAAAUGACUGGGGUGGAAGAGAGCGAAAUGUAGGAUAGGAUGGAUGAAAGUCUCCGGCGCGGGGGAGGCUCAGCCGACCUACUAACUGGGAACCGAUAUGGCAGCGACCCUGGGCAGCGGGGAGCGCUGGACCGAAGCUUACAUUGAUGCAAUUAGAAGAAAUAAAUAUCCAGAAGACAGACCUCCUGAAAGUCAUGACCCCUGUAGUUGCUGUAACUGCAUGAAGGCACAAAAGGAAAAGAAGUCUGAGAAUGAGUGGAACCAGACCCGGCAAGGUGAAGGGAAUGCCACUUAUACUGAGGAGCAGCUGCUUGGGGUACAAAGGAUCAAGAAAUGCAGAAAUUACUAUGAAAUUCUGGGAGUUUCGAGAAAUGCCAGUGAUGAAGAGCUUAAGAAAGCUUACCGAAAACUCGCCCUAAAAUUUCAUCCUGACAAGAACUGUGCUCCUGGAGCAACAGAUGCUUUCAAAGCAAUAGGAAAUGCCUUUGCUGUGCUGAGCAACCCUGACAAGAGGCUACGCUAUGAUGAGUAUGGAGAUGAACAAGUGACUUUCACUGCCCCUCGAGCCAGACCCUAUAAUUAUUACAGGGAUUUCGAAGCCGACAUCACUCCAGAAGAGCUGUUCAAUGUCUUCUUUGGAGGACAUUUUCCUACAGGAAAUAUUCAUAUGUUUUCAAAUGUGACUGAUGAUACCCACUACUACCACCGCCGUCACCGACAUGAGCGGAUGCAAACACGAAAGGAAGAGGAAGAAGAUAAACCCCAGACUACAUAUUCUGCAUUUAUUCAGUUACUGCCUGUUCUGGUGAUUGUUAUUAUAUCUGUCAUUACUCAGCUGCUGGCUGCUAAUCCCCCAUAUAGUCUAUUCUAUAAAUCGACCUUGGGCCACACCAUUUCCAGAGAAACCCAGAACCUGCAGGUGCCUUACUUUGUGGAUAAAAACUUCGACAAGGCCUAUAGAGGAGCAUCUCUUCGUGACCUGGAGAAGAUGAUAGAGAAGGAUUAUAUUGAUUAUAUCCAGACAAGUUGUUGGAAGGAAAAACAACAAAAGUCCGAGUUGACAAAUUUGGCAGGAUUAUAUAGAGAUGAACGACUGAAACAGAAAGCAGAGUCGCUGAAACUUGAAAACUGUGAAAAACUUUCCAAACUCAUUGACCUACGCAGAGGUGGCUGACAGGAUGAUAGUCCUUCGCAGGGUCGGGGUUUUGCUACCUGUUACUAUUUAUGUUCCUAACUCCAUUUUAUAAAACAAAAUUAGGAAAUACUGAACAUUUUACAAUUUGCUAACUUUGGUGGGCAGAGCUGAAGGUGCUUGAGCAAGGAGCCAGCCUUGGCAUUACAGAAUCCUUCUAAGGGGUUGGCUCCAGGGGCCAGAAGCAGUUCAUCUAAAUUGAGUCAUGGCAGAGUGUUGGAUUCAGCCCCCUGCUCCUUGCCUACCCUGCCUCUAGGAAUGUAGUUCAGACAUCCCCGGUGAAUUCCUAUUUUUUGUUUCGUACCUCUUCAGUUAAGUCCCAAUACUCAGUCAUUUCCAGGCUUAGCCAAAGCAGCUUAAUAUCAGUUGUUUACAGUGCACACCAAGAACUAUACCUCUUCCUUCAUAAGAGUCACUAGCUCCCCAGGAUUCAGCCUUUGGAACAUGCUCCUAAUCAGCUUUCCAUUUUCUGAGGGGAACGUGGAGAAAUGUAAACUGUUGUAGUUAAUAGUUUUCUAUUUGCCUAAUCUCUGUUAGAAUUACUAGCAUCAGCAAACUGCCUGAUCGGAGUUUCUUUUAUUUCCUUAACCCUUUCUUAUAGAGGGUCCAGAAAUUAAAAGGUAUUGAGUAAAACAGUUGGACAACUCAGCAGCAGGAAGCCGGGGAAGGGAGUUGAAGGUCAAUAUAUGGCUGAGUCUCAGUUUCUCUGUGCAGGUUCUCAGUUCAGCAUAGAGCUAGAGAAUGUUCUUUCUAUCAUUUCCCCUUGCAGGAUCACAUUUAAGCUGAGUCCCUACACCCACAGACGUACAUGGCCGGCCAACUGGACUGUUUGCUGAAGCCUAAGAGAGGGGAAAGCCUCUCUUUUCGUGGCUGGGGGUGUUCUGGUGUUGCCCUUGUAGUCACUUUGUUUAAUCCAGGGCCCUGCAGUUGCUUUUUCGUUUAUUCAGCAUUUGAGUGCCUAGUUUGAAGCAGGCACUCUCACAUAUAGUUUCUUCCUGUAGUCUCCUCACAACUCUGUGAAAUAGAUGUUAUCUGUUUCUCUGCGUGAGAACACCUGCCAGGGAGGACGAGUAGUAGGCCUGGGAAAUAUAAGUGCUCAUGGCAGAGUUAAAGGGUGAGCUUAUUAUCAAGCUGAAAGUAUGAGAUCAUUCCUAUUUCUCAGGUGAUUCUAGCCAGGUUGGUAAAGCAGAAUCUUUCCUAAGGAUGUCACUGUGCACCAGGCCUCUGACCCUGUAUCCUGCCGAUAGCAGUUCUGCAUCCAUUCAGGAUACCUUCCCCCAGUCUUAAGACCCUCUCUGUAUACAAAACGAGAUCUGGCAAAGGCAGGCAGCCUUCCCCACUGGUGGCAAGGAAGAGGUGAAUUGUUGCCUGGGCUCUGUGCUCAAACCAGAAAACUUCUGGGCCUUCCUGUGGAAAGAAGUUACUAGGAUCAAGCUGCCCAUGUUGUCUUGAAUCUGAGCCUGGAAGAAACAGUUGUUUACUAGUCUACACUCCAUGUUUUCUUCGGGAUGGGAGAAAAGUUCCUGUUGGGAGGAGUGUACAUUCAAACUGAUUCCAAAGUAGUUCCCCCUUUCAGAUGCAUACCCAUGAUUUAGGCAGUGGUGUCUAGCAUGGUUCAAACGUGAGGGCAUUCCACAGGGUCAGGAGCUCAGUGGACGGUAAAGGCGGGGUAAAGAGUGGUGGUAGGGAACAAGUGCUCCCUGUGGGGAAGAGGAGCAGUUCCAGAGAAAGCCAGAUUUUGCAGCCCAACUAGGUCUUCCCUUCUGGUUUGGCGGGGACCUCCCUAACCCCCACUGAGUGACUGAGGAUUCACACUAUAAAGUGAGCCAAACAGGCUUGUGGAAAGCUUUCCUAUACACACAGAAAAGCUCUCCCAUCCCGAAUCUCAAUACUGCUAGAAAAUGGGCCAUAAUUAAGCUGACUUGACAGGUUAAAAGACCCUCUCUAGUUGCCCAUGAAUAGUGUAGUCACACAUUUUAUGGAUUUCAUGGCAAAGAUGAGUUAUCUGCAAUGACACUAAAUAGAGGCGACACUAACUCCAUUAAAUGUCAGGCCUAUUGUCUGUUUUUAUAGCACUAAUGGUACUGUUUUACUUAUUACCUAAUAGACCACAGCAUUCACAUCUGGUUUUCUUCAAGGGAAUGGUAUUUGCUUUGGGUUGAAGGAUAGUUUAAUCUAUUUGGAACUAUCCAGAAUACUGUUAAAUGAUAAUUUUCUGGGUUAUAUUUUAGACAGGUUGUCUGCAUGGUGGUAAAAUAAGCAUUUUCCUCUUGCCUAUAUCCUUUGGCAAUUUUCCUGAUCAUAUAUAAACUCUUGGGUAAAGCUGCUUCUUGCUGUCCAAACUUGGUGUGCAGCACCAGGCUGUUUCUGUGAACACGAAUGCAGACCGGAGAUGUGUUAUGGGAGCAGAGCUGAGAAAUGGGACUUGAGACUCAAGGAGAAGCUCUGGUUCAUUAGAAUGAAAGUGCUGUCUGCACUGCACGAUCUGCAGUGAGGAGGGAGGGCUAGAAAGCCUUCUCAUCACAAAGGACAAUGCAACUUAAAACAAUCUGUAUCCCCAGAUGAGUGACCUGGGGUUCAUCUGCUGAAACCAGAAAACUUCUGAACUUCCUUGGUCAACGCCAGGCCUCACUGCUUGGGAGAAGUGAAAAGUAAGAAAAUGCGACUGCUAGGCUUUCUGUUGGAAACUAUUAGAAAUGGCAAUGAACUCCAAACCCCACUAGAAGAUGGAAUCCAGCAGCCUGUCCAAGCUUUGUGUUAUUCUCAUUUUCAUCCUCACACUCAGGACUGGCUUUGUGAGGAGGCACUGUUAAGAUCCCAGAAGCUUUCUCUUACAACUGGCCACACAUGCAAGUUCAUUGUCUCUGCAUGCACUGUUCCUCACAGGAGCUAGCACUUAAUUAGCAUUUAUUUUUAAUUCAUUUAAGGUGUAAGCUUAGUGUUCUAAUAUAUUUAUUUUUGGAAAGGCCAAGUUACUAUAUAUCUUAUUUUUUGAGCCUGCAUUACUGAAACCUUGUGCAGUGACCACCAAGUAACUAUAUACCCAUGUGUUAGAUACUGAUUACAUCAUUUGCAUCACACUCAGUAUUUGGAACUAAAGAUGUAAAUGUUCCGUGACCAGAGCCAGGUUUGACACAGGAGGAAUCAGCUCCGGUGGAGUAAGAAGCCAGAAGAAUCUGGUCACCUGAUCCAUUGCAUCUGGAUUGAGUGUAUUUUAACAGAGAAAGAAAUUAAACGAUUUUAUAUAAAAAGAAUAACUUUGCAU